AUGUUGAAGACGGAACUACCUGGGGCAUGGAAGCCAAGGUUUAUCUCCGGGACAGGAGUUGACAAGACCUGGGAAAAAGAUCUUCCAAUAUUGGAGAAUGCUCCAGAGAAUGCUGCGGGAAGCCUACAGCGGACACGCCCACCGGUGAGCCUACAGUGGACACACCCACCGGUGAGCCUACAGCGGACACGCCCACCGGUGAGCCUACAGCGGACACGCCCACCGAGGGCGCUCUCCAGCACCACUCCAGUUAGGCCACCCCAGGCUGCCGUCAGCAGGAAGGAAGCAGGUCUCACGCGUUCUCAGACCAGCCCACUCGAACCCACACGUCCAAAGACAGCUCCUGUGCGGCCCGGCAAAGAGCAGAGCCUGUGGGUGUGUAUAAAAGAAGGCUCAGGGGGUCUGGGCUACACAGCUCUUAGAAAGUCUUGGAUGAACCAGACGGGCGGGAGCAGGAUGCCUCUCUGGGCACUCUUGUUACUCUGGAAUUCUUGUACCUUCGGUCUCCCGACAAACACCGCUACCUUUGGACGAAUCCUGCUCAAGAAAAUGCCCUCCGUCCGGGAAAUCCUGGAGGAGCGGGGAGUGGACAUGACCAGGCUCAGUGCUGAAUGGGGUGGAUUCACCAAGAAGUCUUCCUUCAGCAAUGUUACUUCCCCUGUGGUCCUCACCAACUACCUGGAUACCCAGUACUAUGGUGAGAUCGGUAUUGGCACUCCACCCCAGACCUUCAAAGUCAUCUUUGAUACGGGCUCAGCCAACCUGUGGGUGCCCUCCACCAAGUGUGGCCCCCUCUACACUGCUUGUGGGAUUCACAGCCUCUACGACUCCUCGGAAUCCUCCAGCUACAUGGAGAAUGGGACCGAAUUCACCAUCCACUAUGGAUCAGGGACGGUCAAAGGUUUCCUCAGCCAGGACGUGGUAACUGUGGGUGGAAUCAUUGUGACCCAGACCUUUGGCGAGGUCACCGAGCUGCCCCUGAUACCUUUCAUGCUGGCCAAGUUUGACGGGGUUCUGGGCAUGGGUUUUCCUGCUCAGGCCGUCGACGGGGUCACCCCUGUCUUUGACCACAUCCUCUCCCAGGGGGUGCUGAAGGAGGAAGUGUUUUCUGUCUACUACAGCAGGGAUUCCCAUCUGCUGGGCGGCGAGGUGGUGCUGGGGGGCAGCGACCCCCAGCAUUACCAAGGCAAUUUCCACUACGUGAGCAUCAGCAAGACUGGCUCCUGGCAGAUCACGAUGAAGGGGGUGUCUGUGGGCUCUUCCACCUUGCUGUGUGAGGAAGGCUGUGUGGUAGUGGUAGACACCGGUACAUCCUACAUCUCGGGCCCCACGAGCUCCCUGAAGUUGAUCAUGCAAGCCCUGGGAGCCAAGGAGAAGAGAACAAAUGAAUAUGUUGUGAACUGUAGCCAGGUGUCCGCCCUCCCCGUCAUCUCCUUCUACCUGGGAGGCAGGGCCUACACCCUCAACAGUAUGGACUACGUGCUCCAGUAUCCCUACAGGAAUGACGACCUGUGCACAUUGGCUCUCCAAGGCCUGGAUGUCCCUCCACCCACCGGGCCUGUCUGGGUCCUGGGUGCCACCUUCAUCCGCAAGUUCUACACAGAGUUCGAUCGGCAUAACAAUCGCAUCGGAUUUGCCUUGGCCCGCUAGGGCCCUCUGCCACCCAGUGACCCUAGGCCAAGUCAAAGCUGGUGCUCCUAGGGGCCUUCUUGUCUGGCCUUGCCCCCAACAUAGGGACACUGGACACAGGGCCCCUGAGGAGUGCUUGUCCCCU